ACGUCUCCAACUUGUCCAUCCAUGCUCACCGUGCACACCAUGGCUGGCCUUCUCCUCCUGUGGGUGGCCAUCAUUACCAUGGCGCCGCGCAGCGUCGUGGGAAUAUACCCGUGGAUGCUUUGCGGCUACGACCCCUAUGGCGGCUUCGUGGCGGACAGUGAUUACAAGGCGGCCCUCAGCCUCCUCGCCGCCACCAUGCCCAAGAACGCCUCCAUGUCCCCGGGCCACUUCGCCACCGGGCAGGCGGGCGUCGCUUCGGGGGAUGUGUGGGCUCUCGCCUUCUGCCAAGGCGAUGCCAACACCUCCACCUGCUACGACUGUCUGCAACAGACCUUCGAAGAUGUCAUCAGCUCGUGCGACUACAAGGACGCCACCAUCUACUACGACUCCUGCUUGCUCGCCUACUCCAACAUCCACUUCCGCGCCGACGACGACACCGAUUACAGCCCGACAUACCCAAUCCGCAAUCUUAAAAACGCCACCAAGGAGCCGGAACAGUUCCAGCGCAUCGUGGCGGCGCUCAUGAACGCCACCGCCAGCAGCGCCGCCUUCAACUCCUCCACGCGCCUUUACGCGUCCGGCCAGGCCGAAUUUGACAAGGAGCUGCCCGAGGUGUACGCCUGGGCGCAGUGCACGCCGGACUUGUCCCCAGAUCGGUGCUGGAGGUGCCUCGUCCAGAUCAUGAGGGUGUUACCGACCUUUAUGACCGACGCCGUCGGAGGCAGGGUUCUCGGGAUCAGAUGCAACCUCAGGUAUGAAACACAGCCCUUCUUCCCUGGCCCGGUGACGGUGCAGCUGUCAGCAACAUCAGCCAGACCACCGAGGCCGGCCGUGGCGCCUAAUGUCAAGCAGGCGCCGGCGCCUGUGGCGGCGAUUGGAGAAGGUGACUCGAAGCAGAGAAGGUACAGUGUUCCUGCCAUUAUUCUUAUGGUUGUUGUGCCUACUCUGGCAGUUGAACACCUUAUCGUUGGCUUCUUUAUCUUCAGGAGGAGGCCACGGUCACAAGCACAAGCGAAGCAGCCAUCAUAUCCCAGUUACUCCACUGAAACCGUGAACAACGAGACCAUAGACUCGAUGUGGAUCGACAUUGCUACUUUGCGAGCCGCAACCGAAGACUUUGCAGAAAGCAACAAGCUCGGUGAAGGCGGGUUUGGUGUGGUGUACAAGGGUUCUCUGCGGGACGGCGAAGAGAUAGCGGUGAAGAGACUGUCCAAGAGCUCGACGCAGGGAGUGGAGGAGCUCAGGAACGAGCUCACCCUGGUAGCGAAGCUCAAGCACAAGAAUCUCGUCAGGCUUGUCGGCUUCUGCCUAGAGCAACAGGAGCGGCUAGUCGUCUACGAGUUCGUCUGCAACAGGAGCCUGGACCAGAUCCUGUUCGACACCAAGAAACGGGAGCAGCUUGACUGGGGAAAGAGGCAGAGAAUCAUACGCGGGAUCGCUCGAGGCCUGCAGUACCUUCAUGAAGACUCCCAACCCAAAGUUGUCCAUCGUGAUCUCAAGGCCAGCAAUGUCCUUCUUGAUGCCGACAUGAACCCCAAGAUCUCAGAUUUUGGCCUCGCAAGGCUCUUCGGGAGAGGCCAGACGCAGGGCGUCACCAACGAGGUGGUCGGCACAUACGGAUACAUGGCGCCUGAGUACGUUAUGCGUGGGAACUACUCCGUGAAAUCGGAUGUGUUCAGCUUCGGUGUCAUGGUUUUGGAGAUCGUGACGGGAAGGAAGAACAGUGACACCUCACAAUCUGAAGAUCUCUUGACCACGAUCUGGGAGCAUUGGGCGGCCGGAACAGUGCUGGAGGCAAUGGACCCGUGCAUGAACAACAGCUGCUCAGAGAGUGACGUGAUGAGGUGCAUCCAGGUUGGGCUCCUGUGCGUCCAGGAGAACCCUGUGGACAGGCCAUUGAUGUCGGCGGUGGCCAUGAUGAUGCUUGGCAGCAACACGGUGUCUCUCGGUAGCCCAUCAAAGCCGGCGUUUACGUUUUCCGCCAGACCGGUGCCGACACUGGAAAUGGGUCACGUAGGAUUAGUUGAUUGAUACAAUAAUCAGUUUGCUCGUUGAUAGUCAUCAAUUGUUUAAUAGGAUGGAGAAACAUGUAAGGCUUGUUACAUGAUUCGCAAUUCUUAUAUAUACAUCAACUGCAAAUAGGGGUGAAAACAAAUGGGAUGCGGAUGGGAUAAUGCUCUUACAACUUCCAUUUCCAUAUUUUCAAAAUGAAUAUGAAUGCGAGUACAGAUGUUAUCGGA